GCUAAUGUCGGGGAAAAACGCACAUCCGAAAGGGACAAGCCGUUCGCAUGGUCGCUCCGUGACGAUGUGAACCAUUUCCUUUUAUUUUAUGAGGUGGACUGUUUAUGAUUAUUAUUCCUCCUCCACAUUUUCUGUCACUUUUCCGCCCGAAGGCCCCUCCCUCCAUGUUAACCCCUUUGACGAAGUCUCGCGAGAGUCUGUGAGGAGUCAGUAAAGUUGAACAUGGCGUCCAAUCUGUUAAAGAAUAAAGGUUCCCUUCAGUUUGAGGAUAAAUGGGACCAUAUGCGCCCCAUUGUUCUAAAGCUGUUACGGCAGGAAUCUGUGACAAAGCAGCAAUGGUUCGACUUAUUUUCAGAUGUUCAUGCUGUCUGUCUGUGGGAUGAUAAGGGCCCAGCAAAAAUUCAUCAAGCUCUGAAAGAAGAUAUUCUAGAUUUUAUCAAACAAGCUCAAGCUAGGGUGCUGAGUCACCAGGAUGACACUGCUUUACUGAAAGCCUACAUUGCAGAAUGGCGGAAAUUCUUCACACAGUGUGACAUCUUGCCGAAACCUUUCUGUCAAUUAGAAAUAACUUUAAUGGGCAAACAGGGCAGUAAUAAGAAAUCCAAUGUCGAGGACAGUAUUGUGAGAAAGCUUAUGCUUGACACCUGGAAUGAGUCGAUCUUCUCAAAUAUUAAGAAUCGUCUUCAAGAUAGUGCAAUGAAAUUAGUUCAUGCUGAAAGACUAGGAGAAGCUUUUGAUUCUCAACUGGUCAUUGGAGUCAGAGAAUCAUAUGUCAACCUAUGUUCUAAUCCAGAAGAUAAGCUUCAAAUUUAUCGUGAUAAUUUUGAAAAGGCUUAUUUAGAUUCAACUGAAAGAUUCUACAGGACACAGGCUCCAUCUUACUUGCAACAAAAUGGUGUACAAAAUUACAUGAAAUAUGCAGAUGCUAAAUUAAAAGAGGAGGAGAAGAGGGCACUUCGAUAUUUAGAAACCAGACGAGAGUGCAACUCUGUUCAGGCUCUCAUGGAGUGCUGUGUGAAUGCUCUGGUGACUUCAUUUAAGGAGACAAUUCUAGCUGAAUGCCCAGGCAUGAUCAAGCGUAAUGAGACAGAUAAACUACAUUUGAUGUUUACAUUGAUGGAUAAAGUUCCAAAUGGAAUUGAGCCAAUGUUAAAAGAUUUGGAAGAGCACAUUAUUAGUGCUGGAUUGGCAGAUAUGGUAGCAGCUGCAGAGACUAUCACUACUGAUUCUGAAAAAUAUGUUGAGCAGUUGCUUACAUUGUUUAAUCGAUUUAGUAAGUUGGUAAAAGAGGCAUUUCAAGAUGACCCUCGUUUUCUUACUGCUAGAGACAAAGCAUAUAAAGCAGUUGUGAAUGAUGCUACCAUAUUUAAACUUGAACUACCAUUGAAGCAGAAAGGAGUUGGGUUGAAAACUCAACCUGAAUCUAAGUGCCCAGAGCUACUAGCAAAUUACUGUGACAUGUUACUAAGAAAAACACCACUCAGCAAGAAGCUUACUUCAGAAGAAAUAGAAGCAAAGCUUAAAGAAGUGUUACUUGUACUGAAGUAUGUGCAAAACAAAGAUGUCUUUAUGCGGUACCAUAAAGCUCAUCUGACAAGACGCUUAAUCCUGGACAUUUCAGCUGACAGUGAAAUAGAAGAAAAUAUGGUGGAAUGGCUUAGGGAAGUAGGUAUGCCUGCUGACUAUGUGAACAAGUUGGCCAGAAUGUUCCAGGACAUAAAAGUGUCUGAAGACCUGAACCAGGUCUUCAAAGAAAUGCACAAAAACAAUAAGUUGGCCUUACCAGCGGAUUCUGUGAAUAUCAAAAUUUUAAAUGCUGGUGCCUGGUCACGAAGUUCAGAGAAAGUAUUUGUUUCGCUGCCAACUGAACUAGAAGACCUCAUCCCUGAGGUGGAAGAAUUCUACAAAAAAAACCACAGUGGUAGAAAGCUGCACUGGCAUCACCUCAUGUCGAAUGGAAUUAUAACUUUUAAAAAUGAAGUUGGCCAGUACGAUUUAGAGGUUACCACAUUUCAGCUGGCAGUACUGUUUGCCUGGAACCAAAGACCGAGAGAAAAGAUUAGUUUUGAAAAUCUAAAAUUAGCAACUGAGUUACCAGAUGCAGAACUUAGGAGGACAUUAUGGUCACUUGUAGCUUUUCCAAAAUUGAAACGUCAGGUUUUACUCCAUGAACCUCAGGUCAGCUCACCCAAAGACUUUACAGAAGGCACUCUUUUCUCAGUCAACCAGGACUUUUCUUUAAUCAAGAACAGCAAAGUUCAGAAGAGGGGAAAAAUUAAUUUAAUUGGAAGAUUACAGCUAACUACAGAAAGAAUGAGAGAAGAAGAAAAUGAAGGAAUAGUCCAGCUGAGAAUAUUACGCACGCAGGAAGCGAUCAUACAAAUCAUGAAGAUGCGGAAAAAAAUCACAAAUGCUCAACUCCAGACAGAACUUGUAGAAAUACUGAAAAAUAUGUUUUUGCCACAGAAAAAAAUGAUCAAAGAACAAAUUGAAUGGCUGAUAGAGCACAAAUAUAUUAGAAGGGAUGAGUCGGACAUAAACACUUUCAUUUAUAUGGCAUAGUGACUGUUUAAGAGAACAAUGCCAGAGAUGGGAAAGAGUCCUAUUUUGUCUUUGCAGACUUUGAAAGAGGUAGCUGAAGAGUGACUACAAUUCAAAGAUUUAUUCAGUUGCAUUAUUAAGUCCCUGCCUUACUGUACAACAGAUAAAUAAUAUUUACCAGUUUCAUCCACUUAGCAUUUAUCUGCCUUUGUGUAGUUCACUUUUGACAGCAUGCUAUUUUGUGGGAGUACCGAAUUCAUCAGAAUCUGCUAUGCUUUCUUUGGCCCUAUUUUCACUUGUUCUGUACCAGAGUUAAAUAUAUUUUUUUUUCCAGACACAAUUAAACCAGUGAAUAUAGGACUUUAAAAUUUCAUGCACUGGGGAAAAUACUUGAGUCAUUUUAUAUUACAAAAUGGUGUUAGGAGCAGCAGUUUCACUUUUCUGAAAAUACCAGGUGCUGUCAUUUAGUACAGACUGGUCUAUGAUUUUUGUAACCUGUUGCACACUUGAAAGUUUAAUAUUACUCUGGCUUUGUUGGUUCAUUAUUGGGCUUGGCUAGCAUGUUACUGUUAGGAGUUGCCCAUAUUGAGUAAUUUUAAUACUAUUUUAAUUAACUGGUUGCAACCUGUAUUCAGAGAUUGUGUUUGCUAUUCAACCCAGUCAUUUAGGCCUGUCAUAGUUGGAACCCAUUUUUCUCUCCCAUCCUGAAGGAGCACCUCAAUUUAGAGAAGGUUGCAACAAGCUUUGAGCAGAAUAUGAAGGACAGAAAAAUUAUAUUUGGUAGUUCCUUAAAGGCCUAUUGAGUGAAAGAACCGUUGAUCGUUGUGUCAGGCUUUACAGACCAUGAAGUACUAGGUUUUAUUAACAUCCUGUGCUGUUAGGUUCCCUCAACAAUGGUGUCAUUUGCUAUAAUUGGCCUGCCAUCUUGCAUUUUUCUGAGAGCGCUAAAAAUUUAGAUCCGAAUAACCAUUUGUAUGAAAUUUCUUUGUUUAAGUGAUAAACUGUAAAAUUACAAUACUGUUUUAUAGUUUCUUAAACUAAGGAAAUGAGGCAGGACUUCAUUCUUGACUUUACCCAGCAAUUCCAUGUGGAAAAAAUACUGUGGUUGAUAAGUCAAAUUGCCUGCUACAAUUUUUCCACACAUGAAGGUAACUAUUUGGGUGAAGAAGAGUGGUGCUGCAAGUUCUUGUGGAACUGUAUCCUAUCGAGAAUUGACGCUUUCAGAAGGAGGAGAGGAAAUUUGAUGGAAAACCUACAGUCCAUUUUACCUAUCGGAUAUAGUCAAUCAACUGGUGGUUUUAUUGGAGAUAUCUGUAAUCUGUCUAUACCCUAUUUUCUUUGCUGCAUAUUAGUACUAGGUGGAAAGUUGGGCAUAAGAGAAGUAGUAACAGAAUGAAUGUGUAUCUGCUUUUGUGAUGGAGGCUGUUUGUACAUACACAAACAGAUACGUGCAACUGUCAUCGGGAUUUAUGUGUGUUUCUGAAACAACUGAAAAUCUAAGAUUGCUUCACUACUGAUAUUUAGUGAUCCAGUACUUCCCACUAGCUUCUAUAAAAUUGAACUUAUCUUUCACAAAAUGUUGGCUCCUCUAACUUAAAAUAUUUUGGCAACAAACCUUGCAUGUGUGCAUGCCGUACUGAAAAUAUUUUUCUUUUUUAAAUCUCCAGUGCCCCAGUGAGACUUAUCAUUCUUAUUUGACACUGCAGAUCAGUUAACACAGAUGGCUAGUUUUCAGUGCAGAGUGAUGACAACAAAGCAGGUUCAAUUCUCAUACCAGCUGAGGUUACCAUGAAGAUUCUACUUUUCCAACCUUGGGCCUCGCCUGAGAUGUCAUUUCCCUCUGGUUAAACUCAUCACUAGUCACGUCUGUCUAUUGAGAGUAUGACCCUACAGUCCUCGAACUAUGGCAGCAACUAUGACAUUGCUGAAAAUUCUGGCCCAACUUUCCUAUAUGUGGCUCUUAUUAUACUGAUUUACUCCUAUAUUGCAAUUUUAUUCAAUUAACUGGCAAUAUUUGUCAUAAUUCUAGAGACUUUAAUUGGAAUUCCAUGUGCUGCUUGCACUUCAUCUUGUCCUUUCUCUUGAGAGGUAUGUUUUGUCACAUUUAAUACUAUGGAAAAGACAAGGUAGACUGUAAUGCAAGGGCCUCUCAAAUGAGUUAAUUGAGGACUUACAUGGGAUAAAUUUAGUGUGGAAUGCCCAGUGCAUUCCAACUGAGGCUAUUGCUGAUAUCAGAAAUUUGGGUCAGAUGUGCUGGGAAGGGCAGAGACUGUCUGCAGUGUUUGAAGUUGUAUCUACUUAAUAUGGCAAUAGGUUGCUUGGAAUUCGUGGUACUGUAUGUUCUGGGAAUUGGGGAAAAUUGUCAAACCUUGUUGCGUGAAAAUGAAUAAAUAUGUAUUCAAUGUUAGGCUGUGCACAUUUAAAUCCCAUUCCUUUCAAUUACUUUUGUUUCCACAAAAGUGCUGCAAAUUCAAAGGAGUGCUGACUAUGUUCAGCAGUAACCUUUGACUACAACUAGUAUUCUUUCAACAUACUUUGCCAGUCAGCAUGUAGUGAUGGAAACUCACAAUGACACAUUUUGAUUCCUAGCUAACUGAUAAAUUAAAAGACUUGGCCAAAAUGCACAUUAUAAAUGUCAUUUAAAAUUAAGUUCUCGUCAUCCAGUAUCUUAUUAUCCAAUGAGUAGCACGGAAAUAUAGACUAUGAAAGCGCAAGAUUCAGUUACUGGACAAUGAUGAGUUAGCUAACCUCAGUCAGGAUAACAGUAGACAUAGCUCCCCUAAGCUGAGCGGGAUAUAAACCAGGAUUCCUGCUCAAGACUUGUAACCUGGUUACUCCUGAAAGUAUGCAUUAAUUAGACGACAUGUAGCAUCUGACCUCAGCAUGGUGCCAACUGUAGUUGAACAGCUUGCCAUGUGAUCAGAAAUUCACUGGCACAGUUCAGAUAUGAAUGAUAGGCACUUGAGUCAGGCACUAAAGGACAACUAACAUCUAUUGAAAUACAGCAGCAAGGAGUCAAUAAAUUUGAGGGUAGCAAAGUGAGGCGGAAUAAUUAUUAGCUAACUUGAAAAUUGCUGCAGUUUGUGCAGGACACUGAUUGUACAUGUAGCAUGCAUGCGCAAAAGGGGCUUUUGGUGAGUUAUUUUCAUUUUCUUCCUGCAAAACUUAGCCCCUAAUAUUUAUGGGGUGAUAAAACUUGAAUACCUUGCUUUCAGGUUACAGUUUUUUAGUAUCUGCACAUUCUUUCCAUAAAAUGGGAGUAUUAUUUCAUUUCCAAUGCAUUAUGUACAUCCAGUAAUUGAGCAUGAGGAUCAUGAAUUCUCAGUUUGAAAUAUAUCCAAUCUUUGAAUGCACUGAGAUGAGCAACAAAAGAAAGAAAAAUAUGUAUAACUGCAGUGAAGAAGGAAAAACGGAUAUAUAACAUUUUUACUGGAUUCAGCAUUUGGUACUGUUGCUAGAUGAGAACUUGGAAAAAAAAUUCAAGUGUCGAUUCACUUGUUCAAUGCCAAGCAAAACCAAAUGCAGAGAAAUCAGUGUCUAGUUCUGAAUCUAAUCACAAUGAUCUGGGAAGAGGUCGUGAAUAAUUAUUUUAUAAGAAAGCAAACUUAAUGUUGAUUAUGUGACCAGAUUAUUGUGAUUUAAUACAGAGUACAUUAGUAUAAACAAAACAAAUUGCAUGCUUUAUGAAAACCCCAGAAAUGGCAUGCACCAUGUAUCUGCACACAGUUUCACUUCAUUGAAUAAAGAUGUGUAUAUGGAUCUUGUAACACUGCCUGGUAGAGAAAAUAUGGGAAAUAUUAGAAUUAUUACUAUUCAAAUGGAAUAAGAAUCAUCUUUUUAUAUGGAAUUAGCCAACAAUUUAGAAUUGUGAGACUUAAUAAAUUGUUUUAUCAAACUGCAGUCGAAUGGUAGUAGAUAUUAAAAUUACGUUUGAAGUCUUCCAUUUCUGUGUGCACAGAAUCGUUAAUUUUAAUAUUCUUUUUGAAAGGAUCUUAGAUCUGCUCUCAGACCUUUCUUUUACUCCCUGCAGCCUCAGUGAGUGUAAUUCAACAUAUUCUCCCCAAAUAAAGUUCAAGACAGCAUGUAACUUGUUAACCUAAAUCCAAGUUAUUCAAUAACUAGUCAAAAUAUUCAAAUUUUCAGUGUUUGGAUUAAUUUAUUUGUACUAUCCUAGAAACAAUCUUUUAAAAAUUUAAAAAGAAUACAAUGAAAACUUAUAACUAAGUUUUUUCAUUAUAUUGAUAAUAAGAUUUCUUUACUCAUUUUUGCAAAUUUAUUGUACACAAAAUACUCAAGAAACUUGGACUUGCACGGAUGAUUUUUCAUGUGAAGCUGUGUGUUGAGGUCAUCAAUAAAUUGUGAACAUUUGUUACCCUAAUUAUACAUAAGCUGUUGCAUUUUUACAUAUCACUGUAAAAUGUUGAAAACUUAGCUUUCCUGUAAUAUACACUAAGUAAAGCCUGGAGUGUUGGGCAAAGUUGAAUUGAGAGGUUUUACUUUAUCUACAAUUAAUAUUUACAAGUUGAAUGUGUGCCACUACAUACCAAGGUUAUGAUGCUGUACAAUUUUUGAAUGGUUGCAGUUUCUACAUAGCCUGAUCAAACUAUUUUGAUGUACUACAUUAUUUUUUGAAUUUUUAUUUUUUAAGU